AGACUGACAAAACAAACCAAAUCAAAUCAUUUUUAGCAGCCAUUCUUCCCUAAUAUUUUGUUACUAUUUUUCUCGAAAUUUCAGUGAUUCUUUCUUGAUAUUUGCUUUAGAAAUAAUUAUCGUUGGGUUGCCUGUUUGGCGAGCUUGUUUUGAAUAAAGCGGCGUUUUGUUGAGCUGCCUGUCUGCUCAUAUACAGGAAUUGGUGAAUAAUGGGGCAUACUUCAAAGAAGAAGAAGAAAGGAGGCGGCGGCGGCGGCGGCGGGAGUGGACGGCGGAAUAAAGGAAGGACACAGCUGAAAGAUCAUCAUCAUGCUUCGAAUGCUGGUGAUGAUAAUGAACUUCUUGCUGAGGAAAUAACCGCUCUAUGUGCAAUCUUUCAAGAAGACUGCAGAAUUGUUUCAGAGUCGCCUCCUCAAAUCAUUAUCAAGAUCAGGCCUUACUCGAAGGACAUGGGCUAUGAGGAUCUUGAUGUUUCUGCUUUGCUUUCAGCCAGGUUCUUACCUGGGUAUCCUUUUAAGUGCCCAAAGUUGCAGAUUACUCCAGAGAAGGGUUUGACAAAAACUGAUGUGGAUAAUCUUUUGUCUCUUCUUCAUGACCAGGCGACUUUAAAUGCACGGGAAGGACGAGUUAUGAUUUUUAAUCUGGUAGAGGCUGCGCAAGAGUUCUUGUCUGAAAUUGUUCCAGUGGGUCCAGCACCUGAAUCUGUUUUAUGCUCAGCUACAGAUAGCGAUGGAAAGUUGUUUCAGGGCAUUGCAAUUUCAAGUGACAAGGAUUGCUCUUUACGUGGGCCAUUUGUUUAUGGCUUUAUAGAUAUCUUUAGUGGUUCUGGAGAGUCAUGGCAAUGGGGUGUCGCAGUGGAUGAUGUUAGAGUAAAUUCUUCAAUAAAAUCUUUGUCAGAUGGUUCAAAGCCAUCACCGGUGCAAGAUAAUAAAUUAGAUAAGAUCAUAAAGCCAUCACCGGUGCAAGAUAUAAAGCAAGGUCCAUUUCUAUCUCCCGGUGCCAAGUUAGAUGCCCUUGAGGAAGAGAGUGAGGAAGAUUGUAAGAACAUAUCGACUGAUUCAAGUAGAUCUUUGACAGAGGAAUCAAUUCAGAAUGAUACGGGAGGCGAGGAGGAUUCUUCUUCUGAGGAGAGUGAAGAAGAAGAUGAUGUCAAUCUUGAAAGUGAGCCUUGGGAGUUGCCGUCUUCUGCAUCCUUAGGUCAUGAUCAUUCAACACAUAUCAUUGAAAAGGAUCUAAUGAUGGUUCAUAUGUUUCGCCUUGUUUGUGCUUCAAAAGGAGUAUCAGGUGAUGCUGUACCCCAACUAACUACAGAGCUAUGCGAUUUAGGUGUAUUUUCUGAGUGGGCACGGGAUUUAGCUUGUAAACCAUCUUCAAUCUUUAACAAGACUUUUGAUCAUGUUUUCCGUCAACACAUGGCAGCUUCCACAGUCUCUCAAUUUUGGCAACCUGCAUCUGAUAUAGAAGAACCUAAUACCUCUCUCCCAAACUCCCGAUAUCUGAAUGACUUUGAAGAGCUACAACCUCUUGGUCAUGGUGGUUUUGGUCAUGUUGUACUAUGCAAAAAUAAGCUCGAUGGAAGGCAGUAUGCAGUGAAGAAAAUUAGGCUCAAGGACAAAAACUUGCCUGUUGAUGAUCGAAUUUUAAGGGAAGUAUCGACACUUUCACGUUUGCAGCACUUACAUGUUGUCCGAUACUAUCAGGCAUGGUUUGAAACAGGAGUUGCUGGUUCUUUUGGUGACACUGGUUGGGGUUCUAGUACAACAAUAAGCUCCACAGUUAGUUACCGAGGUGCAUUUUCGGCUGAUAUUGGUCAAGAUAGUAAAAUUGAUUCAACAUAUUUAUACAUUCAAAUGGAGUAUUGCCCCAGGACUCUUCGUCAAGUUUUAGAAUCAUAUAGUCAUUUUGACAAAGAUUUGGCAUGGCAUCUAUUUCGACAAAUUGUUGAAGGAUUGGCCCACAUUCAUGGACAGGGAAUUAUCCAUCGAGACUUAACACCUAAUAAUAUCUUUUUUGAUGCUCGGAAUGAUGUAAAAAUCGGUGACUUUGGUCUUGCCAAGUUCUUAAAGUUUGAGCAGCUAGAUCAGGAUGGGACCUUAUCUUUAGAUACAACUGGAGUUUCAACGGAUAGAACUGGUCAAGUUGGAACAUAUUUUUACACAGCACCUGAAAUUGAGCAAGGAUGGCCAAAGAUCGAUGAAAAGGUCGACAUGUAUAGUUUAGGAGUUGUGUUUUUUGAGGUUUGGCACCCGUUCGGGACUGCCAUGGAGAGACAUGUUGUCCUUUCUGAUUUGAAGCAAAAAGGAGAGCUUCCUUCUUCAUGGGUGUCUCAAUUUCCAGAGCAAGCAUCCUUAUUGCAGCGAAUGAUGUCUCCAAGUCCAUCCGAUCGUCCAUCUGCUACAGAUCUUUUAAAGCAUGCAUUUCCCCCGAGAAUGGAAUCUGAGUUGUUGGAUAAUAUUCUGAAAACAAUGCAAACUUCUGAAGAUCGAAGUGUGUAUGACAAAAUUGUCAAUUCUAUCUUUGAUGAAGAGACUUUAAGCAUGAAAAACGAGCACCAACAUGCCAGUCAAUCAGGAAUGGGUGGGGAUAAUAGUAGCUGCCUCCAGUAUGCAGAUGUGGACACUGAGCUCCGUGAUUAUGUCACCGAGGCUGCAAGGGAAGUGUUUAAACGACAUUGUGCAAAGCAUUUGGAAAUAAUACCAAUGCACUUAUUAGAUGACUGUCCACAAUUUUCUAGGACAACUGUUAAACUUUUGACCCACGGGGGUGAUUUGCUUGAGCUUUGUCAAGAAUUGCGUCUGCCUUUUGUUAAUUGGCUAAUCGCAAAUCAGAAAUCUUCAUUCAAACGGUAUGAAAUAUCAUCUGUUUAUAGGAGAGCGAUUGGCCAUUCACCACCAAAUCGCUAUCUACAGGGUGAUUUUGACAUAAUUGGAGGUGUGUCGGCACUUACAGAAGCAGAGGUUAUCAAGGUCACAAUGGACAUUGUAACUCGCUUUUUUCUCUUAGAUUCCUGCGAUAUUCAUUUAAAUCACGGGGACCUUCUAGAUGCCAUUUGGUCUUGGGUAGGAAUCAAACCAGAACAUAGACAGAAAGUAGCAGAGCUUCUUUCAGUGAUGGGCUCCUUGCGUCCCCAAUCCUCUGAACGAAAAUUGAAAUGGGUCGUAAUAAGGCGUCAACUUUUGCAGGAACUAAAUUUAGCUGAAGCUGUUGUCAAUAGGUUGCAGACUGUCGGUUUGCGGUUCUGUGGAGCUGUGGACCAAGCUCUUCCUCGAUUAAGGGGAGCCCUCCCAGCUGAAAAUCGCAUCCGGAAGGCCCUUGAUGAGUUGUCGGACCUUGUUAUCUACUUAAGAGUUUGGAAGAUAGAAAACCAUGUUUAUAUAAAUGCAUUAAUGCCACCAACUGAGCAUUAUCACAGAGAUUUGUUUUUUCAGAUAUAUUUGACGAAGGAUAACAAUCCUGGAUCAAUCAAUGAAGGCACACUGCUUGCUUUAGGUGGCCGCUAUGACUAUUUACUUCAUCAGAUGUGGGAUCUUAAAUAUAAAACACUUCCUCCUGGUGCAGUUGGUGCUAGCCUUGCUUUGGAAACAAUCAUUCAGCAUUCUCCUGUGGAUUUCAAACCUAUUAGAAAUGAAGCUGGUACCAAUAUUCUUGUUUGUUCAAGAGGAGGUGGUGGUUUAUUGAUUGAGAGAAUGGAACUAGUUGCUGAACUAUGGGAGGCAAAUAUCAAGGCUGAGAUUGUUCCUGUUCCUGAUCCAAGUCUUACUGAUCAGUAUGAAUAUGCAAGUGAGCUUGAUAUAAGAUGUCUUAUUAUCAUAACAGAUGCUGGUCUAUCACAAACAGGUUUUGUUAAGGUUCGGCAUCUUGAACUGAAGAAAGAGAAAGAAGUUGAGAGAGAAAAGCUUAUUAGUUUUCUCUUGAACGCAAUUGCAGCACAAUUCAGAAAUCCGUCGGUGUGGAAUUAGAUUUGAGAACCUGCAAUUUAUAGGUUUUUGUCAGCAGGCCUUAAUCAACUUUCAAAUUACCUAGCUGGGGUUCAAAAAUUAACUUACAUUAACACAGAUAUGUUAAUGUUUUUUUGAAGGUUCGUGUGCAAAAUAUGCAAGCUUAAAGGUAGGUAACUAGAUGGUUCAAACAUGUUUGCAGUCUUUAUUUUAAGAACUUUUCUGUUUGUGUCAAUAUAUACAAGUUUGUAAAAAAAUAAAAUAAAAAUAGAGGGAAAAGGAAAUAUCUAGUAACAUUAAUGAAACAUGAACAAAUUUUGUUUGCUGA